AGAAAAAUGCAUCAGAAUUUAGUGCAAUUUAUCUUGGAUCACCCGUUAUAUUCUAUUCGAUGAUACAUGUCGGUGACACUGACGAUUUUAGAACGGAAAGAGAGAAAAUUCGUCGUUACCGCGGACCUAACUAACUAUUCUCACUCGGCGAAUAUGUUUCUACGGCACUGAUCGAUGCUAUCGAUCAAGAAAUCGAAGCAAAAAGUGAGUAUUAUACGUCGUUAAAAAAAACAAAUGAGUCUUUCUUAUGGAAGAUUGCAGCAUUUUGUUCGUUGGAUAUAGCGCAUGGGACUGGUUAAGGAAAUUUAUUUUUAAUUUUUGAAAAAAAUCUUUUUCAUGGUAAAACUUGAACUUGAACGUAUAAACCCGAAAAAUCCUUCAAGUUCAAAAGAAUUCAAAUUUUCGUUAUCUUUGUUAAUCUGGAGUUUCCAAAGUAUUUCUUUCUUAUUUAGCAUUAAAAAUUGAAUAGAAAAGUCGCGUUUGUUCAAUUUCAGUUAAAGGCCUCUCCAGUACAGUUGUUCCAAAACGAACCCCAAAAUGUCGCCAAGGAAUUUCAUAAACCACGAAAAAGGUUUUUUCAAAAAUUAAAAAAUACAUUUUCUUAAUCAGCUCGAUGUGCUGUAUUCAACGAUGUAUAACAAGCAUGCUAAAAUUUUUUCCACCUUGUACAUGGUGGAAAAUGCUUUUGUUGUAAGUCUGUAGUAGGCACACCGUACGUCGGAAGAUAACCAUAAAAGAACGAACUAAUACGAUAAACUAGUUAUAGCCUUUUAUUGCCUAACAUAGCUAAGAGAACUCCUAGACAACGACGGAUACUUAAUAUAUGUUCGUUGAUUGUUUGCGUAGAUUGAUAGACGUAUUCAGUCGACAUUGGAUUUUGCGCUAUCCAAAUAGUAAAAACUAGCCAGAACUGGGCAAAAUAGCUCAAGUCAAGUCAAUAAAAUUGCUACUCCACUCUUUUGGCUUUGUCAGUGAUGAAACAAUUAUAGUUGAGAUUUUGAGCGCUGUUUGUAUCCGGACCUUUUUCCUCUCUGGAAACAAAUAUCUGAAGCAAGAAGAUGUAGUAAAUAUCGAUUGACCAUCAUCUAUCGUCUCGGCAUACCUACGACUACGAUAAAUUUUCCUUAAAGUCUACUGUCAAAUUCUUUUUAUACCUCGUAUUAUUUAUUGUUUCUUUAACUGUUUUUUACAUUUCAUUGAUUCAAGGUUCAGAAGUUGACCAGCAAACUGAUAAAUAUGAACAGCUAAAAGACUCAAUAACUGAAAUAAUUUGUUUAUCGAUUUCUGGUACGAGUUCACUCAAUAUGCCAUCGAAUUAUAUCAAAUCAUUCAAUGAUCCAUUAUUAUGUAUUUCAUAUAUUACAACUAAUCCAAAUAAAACGAUUAAUUUGAUUAUAUCGGCUUUUUAUGAUCAAAAUAUUAUAUCAUUAAUUCAUGAUCUACAACAAGUUGGGGCUAUAUAUUUACUUGGCUCACCUUCUAUAAACGAUGAAAAACUUAAAAGAAAAUAUUACAAAUAUUUAGGCGCGUACGAAGAUGUGCAUCAGUUAUGUUCUAAAAUUAUUGACAGUAUAAGACAAAAGACACAUGAAAGUAAUGUACGACCAUUAGAUAUUAUAAUGCAAUUACCAGCAUUUAAUGCAUCUUCUCUACGUUUAAUUUAUUACAAUAGAGGAUGUAUUUGGUUUGAAAAAGAUUAUGACAAAGCACUGGUAUAUUUUAAAAAAGCUUCAGAACUUUUAUCUGAAACGAGUACGAUUGAAUAUGCAAUGAUUCUGAAUAAUAUUGGUGGAAUUCAUCAUCGGAAACAAGAAUGGAACGAAGCUUUGGACUGUUUUGAAAAAGCUUUUGAUAUAGCAUUAAAAAUUUUGCCACGAAAUCAUCCAUCAAUAACGGAUUACUUAAAUAAUAUUUCAGCAACAAUCAACCAUCGAUAA